GUUCGAUAGGAUUUUCUCUGGUGAAGAUAGUUGAGGGGUGGGAUGAAGAAGAUGAGGAUAGAUAGCUAGGGUUUAGAUUUCCUCAACCGAGUUCUUAGGUUGUCACCGGAUUUUGCUUGCUUUUCCCGGAAAAGGGCUUUCCUUUCAUGCUUCCAUCUUCCCCCUUUCUAAUUCUCUCGUAUAGCAUGUCGGUUUGAAUAGAACCUCUGUUUUCCGGUGUGAAGUUUUGAGAUUCCGGUGACAUGAAAGAACGCUACGAUUCUUUGAUCAUUUAACUCUGGGUGCUUGAUGAUUUUUGUCCAACGGUCUUGACUCAGUAGUUUCCUUCAAUUUUGGCUUUUAAUUGUGGUGAUAUGUUUUGUUUUGCAUUGUGCUCCGCUGUUUCGCUUGAAUUUUGAACUUAUGGUUAUUAUUCUUUAGAAAGAAGUGUAUAAAGAAAAUAUUCUUUUAGCUUUCUGAUAAUGAGAAUUGUUGCCCAAUCUCAUGUAUCACGAAGACAAAUUUUGUUCUAGUUCAACAAAUAUAUAAUUCUUUGGUACGCUGAUGGGAUUGGAGUGUUGAAUUCUGUUAGAUGGAGAAAACAUUAGGCUUUGUGUGAAGGGGAUCGUUAUUCUUUCGUAUGUGAGGAAACGUUGUCAAAUCUGCUGCAUUCGAUCGUUCAUGCUUAGCUUUUUGGAAGAUUUGACCUUUGAUUGUACAACCCUCUGUUUAAAUUGAUCUGCGUUUGUAAACGUAUGGAUCCUGUUCCAGUAACCACUCCCAAUUCCGCCUCAUAAUUUUUCUGCUCUUGAAGUGUGUGUCUGGCAUUUCCCUCUUACCUCUUUCGCUAACCUUUGGCCUCCAAAAGAGCUUGACCCUUCGGAACCUUUCAGCUCUGAAUCGAACUAUGGCCGUCUCCCUAACCCGUUUCUCCUGGUGGCUGUGGGGAAACAAGGAGAAAGAGCCCGUGUCGAAUAGUUCUACUCUGAAUUCGUCUUCUGAAUGGGGUUUCGCUCUUAAGGAACGCGAGGCUGUGAAAUUUCCUUCGGUGAAGGGAACGAAGAUCGCAGCAUCUCACAGGAAGGUUAAACGAAAAUGGCAGAGCAGGGAGCAGAGGAGGGUUGAAAAGGAGUACGACGUCGUAUUGGUGCCAUCUGACGGUGGCGCGUGUUUGUCGGGGACAGAAUCUGAUGACUCAGACUGGUCCAUUGGUUGGCUGGAGCCUCACGGCUCGGAGUUUCAGAGCGAUGAUGAGUCGGAUAAUAGUUUUGCGGUGUUGGUUCCUUGUUAUAGACCUGGGUCUAAGGAGGUUGAGAGUUCAAAAAACGAUCUUUUGAGUGCGAUCAAGAACAUCCCAGAUGAAUUUUCUUCUGGCAAGAACUACCUGGAACAGUGGCUGGCUUCUCUUCAGAAUUUUGAAGCUUAGUACUGAUGACAAGGGGUUUCUGACAAAAAAAACUAGCUCGAGUAAUGAACAUUGAUGAGAACCAGUGCCUCGUUCCAAGGAUUAGCAUCUUUUGGGAAGCCUGAAACCAAUGGCCAUUUUGCUGCUGGGGCAUGUUUAGCUCUCAUUGUAGAUACCACAUACUCUUGUGAAUAUGUAAAUAGAGUAAAUGCAAGCAAAAAUGAGGGGGGAGAAAUAGUCCUAAUCUACAUGCUUUUAGUAGUGUUUUUCAGUUUCUCACUGUGUAAAAUGACCGCCCGCUUUUCCGCCAUAAUGAAAUCCUAAUCAUUCUAUCUUGCUACUGUGUCUCCUGUAGAUAAACUGUAAUGAGAAGAACCAGAACUGUUUGAUUUUGUUAUCCCAUAUAGUAAGCAGUUUAUAAGUUGUUUUUUAAUAGUGA